ACCAGCGGCGUGUCUUGAUGACGUGUGUUAUGUUUUGGUGAAGCUGUGUGUGUUUUAUCGAAACAUCUCUUCAGGCCUCACGUUUAUACAUUUAGGUGUUUUGUGUUGUAUUUCUUCUUCACAAUGAACAAAAACAAGGCCAGCGGCGUGUCGUGGGUGAAGCCAGCGGAGCCGUCCUUCCUGAAGAAGUUUAAGAGUGAUGUUGGUUAUAAAGAAGGAGCGACUGUUGACACUAAGCGCCAGGUGAUGCCAACACUGGAUGAUGACAGCGGGAGUGAUCGAGAGGAUGAGUUACCUCAAGUGGUGGUGCUAAAAGGAGGAGACCUGACCGCAGACGACGUGAAGAAGAUCAAGGACGAAACGCGACCUGGAGGUGGCGCAGAAAAAGAUGAUGAACCUCCUCCUGAUGGUAAAAUCCUGUUCAAGAAACCAGCCAAACGCUCCUCCUCAGACAAAUUCCAGGGCAUCACUGCCAGCUCCAGCAAAAAGAAGAAGACUAAUGGAGGAGAGGAAGAGGAGGAAGAGAAGAAGGAGGUGAAGGAGGUGAAGGAGGUGAAGGAGGUGAAGUCUGGAAAGAAAGUAAAAAAUAACAGCCUUCUGUCCUUUGGAGGGGAUGAUGAGGACGAGGAGGACUAAAUGUUACUGGUGAAGUGUAAGACUGUCAUUAACCCCUGUGACAGAAAGGAAAGUGACAUUUGAAUAUUAAUGGUAAAAUGUCUCAUAAUAUUGAGGAAGAGGAGCAGGGGUCAAAUUAACAGACAUUGUAUUCUGUCUGGACUUCAUCAACAGUGUGCAGCCUGUCCAUUCUGUAGUUUCUUUUAAAGGACAGUGCCAGCAGUAUUUUUGCAUGUUUAAGCCCGCUGACUACAAAUAGUCUUAUUACUGUUCUAUUCAUUUUAGUACAAUAAAAAUCAACUUGCAGAGA